AACACAUUACACUGUCGGUUGUUUUCCAUACCCCGAGUCCUCACCAUUUGAACUACACUUGCAGCUUUCCUUUUGCUCCUAAAUCAAAAUCCUGAAUCCACAGUUUUUCUUCCUUCUUCAAUUGUCUCUUGGAUGAUUUAGUUCAAUUAAGAUGGAGGGUGACGGAAUCAGGUGCUUGAACAAACUCUUUCGUGCUUUAAUUGUGGUGGUAAUUUUACUACCAUGUGUUGUCAACCCUUCCCCUUCUCUUGGAUUCAACAAUAUUUCUUCAGGAGAAGUGAUGCGGUGCAUUGAGAGGGAAAGAGAAGCACUCCUUGCUUUCAAACAAGGCCUCGUGGAUGACAACAACUUCCUCUCUUCGUGGGGAAUAGAAGAACACAAGCAAGAUUGUUGCAAAUGGGUAGGCGUCCACUGCAGCAACCGUACCAACCAUGUUAUUCAACUUGAUCUUGGAUUGGAAAGUUACCAUCGAACUCGCUCAUUUGAUCAGAAAGGACACCCGCACUUUAUCCGAUAUUAUUUGCAAGGUAAGAUGAUGAAUCCUAAACUGAUUGAGUUGCAGCAUUUGAAAUAUUUGGAUCUUUCGUGGAUAAACUUCAAUGGGAUCCGACUUCCAGAUUUCAUUGGUUCUCUUUCCAGUUUAAGAUACCUCGAUCUCUUUGGUGCUUCUUUUGGUGGUCAAUUUCCAAGUCAAGUUGGAAACCUUACCCACUUGCAACAUCUUGAUCUCAGCUUCAAUCAUUUUGCUAAUGUAGAAAAUCUCAAUUCAUGGCUACCUCAGCUUUCUUCUUUAACAUAUUUGGACCUGAGUUACAACAAUCUUAGUAAUGUUCCUGAUUGGUUGGAAACGGUUAGUAAGCUCCCCAAACUUACAAACUUGACACUGUUAAAUUGCAGUCUUCCUUCUCCUGCAAUUCAUUCCACUUCUCUUUUUAACAUAAAUUCUUCUACAUCCUCUUGCUCAUGUUGA